AUGGCGCAGCAACCAGGCGGCCCGGAUAAGCGACGGGGCUUUGGCGGCAGCACGCUACCUAGCUCCCGCGCGCCUGCUUCCCUGCCCGAUCGCCUAAGCAGUGAAUACGCUUCGUGUAACAACCUUUGCUUUUUUCAAUAUUCUCAUACAAUCAGCGAGCGAAAGUGUGCGCAAGCGUUAGUAGAAGAAAAUACAUUUUUCUUUUUCUUGACUUUUUCUUUGUUCUUUCUUUUUUCUAUCAUUUUCAUAUUUUCUUUUUUCUUUCCUCUUUUCUAUCUUUCUUUUUCUUUCCUUUUUUCUAUUUUUCUUUUUCUUUCCUUUUUUCUUUCCCAUUUUCUAUCUUUCUUUUUAUUUCCACUUUUCUAUCUUUAUUUUUCUUUCCUUUUUUUCUAUCUUUCUUUCUUCGUUUCUCUUUUGUAUCUUUCUUUUUUCUUUCCCAUUUUCUAUCUUUCUUUUUCGUUUCUCUUUCUAUCUUUCUUUUUAUUUCGUCUUUCCUAUCUUUCUUUUUAUGGUCUUUUCUUUCUUUUUUCUUACCUCUUUCCUAUUUUCUUUACUCUUUUCUAUUUUUCUUUCCUCAUUCCAUCUUUCUUUUUUCUUUCCUCUUUUCUAUCUUUCUUUUUCUUUCCUCUUUUCCAUUUUUCUUUCUUCUUUUCUAUCUUUCUUCUUUCUUUCCUAUUUUCUAUCUUUCUUCUUUUUUCUUCUUUUCUAUUUUUCCUUUUACUUUUCUGUUUUUUUAAUUUUUUUUGA